AAAGGACGAGCUUCGAUACCACGUUAUGUGAACUCGGUGUUCCGCUCAGUCGACAGCCGGACUUGGCCCUGAUUGGAUCCAACCACAGUAAUCUUCGCUACUAUAUUUCUCCGUUUCCGUAGAUAAUUAUCAAGACGGUUCACUUUCACUCGACAUGCUGAGGGAAACGUUGUUCGUUUUCGCGGCUCUCGUCGUCUUUCUUGUCUCCGCAACACAGGUUAAUCAGUGUAACGAUAUACCUUUCGAGGAUGAAAAUCAGGUGAAAAUAUCUGGCUGCGACUCGCCACCGUGUAAUUUAAAAAAGAAAACUCGAGUUAGCAUAGAACAAACUUUUGUAGCUGAAAAUGAUGCCAACGAAUUGUUAACAUCUGUUCAUGCUACGUUACUUGGUAUCGAUUUGCCCUUCAUAGGCGUAGAUGGUACGAAUGCGUGCGAUAAUAUUUAUGAUGUCAAUAAUAACAAAGUUGGAUGUCCUGUGAAGAAAGGUACAACGUAUAUCUACAAAACUGAUUUUCCUAUAUUGGAAAUAUAUCCAAAGGUAAAUUUAAUUGUGUACUACGCCCUACGAAAUGGAAAUGAUAUUAUUACUUGCUUCAAAGUACCAGCGAAAAUUACUGGCUAAAAUAUCUAUUUCUGUUUGUUCGUAUAUUUCUUGUUUUUAUCUUAUUUAAAGAUUUUGUAAGGACUUCUCUGGUAGAUAUUUGGAUAUUAUAUGAUACCGUUCGUUUAUAGAAAACCUAUAGCAUAAGUCGUUGAGAAGGACGAAGGUUAAAUGUUUCAAUUCGUCUUGAUGAUUCGCCUUGUCUCUUGCCUGCGAGCAUGUUUUAGGAAUAUAAAAUAUAUAUAGAUACAUGCAUAUAAAAUAUAAUAAAACUUCUGCGUAAUGUUUUCGUA